CUCGGCGUCUCGAGGAAGGACGUCGAGCGAGGCGGAGGAGGAGAAGAAAAGCCUUAUUUCAACCUCCUUUUUCACCCUUUUCCCUUUCGUGAUUCGCCUCGGGUACCCUUCGAGGUGAGAUCUCAACCUUCCGUCGAGGUGGGGUUUGUGGAGAGAAAAAAGCAAAAUGCUGCGCGCUCAGGAUCUCAGCGACUAUGAACUCCUGCGGAACAAAAACAUUCAAGAGAGGCAGCAGAUGAUUGCUGCUCUCAUGAAAGAUUUUGAAGAUCUGAAGAAAACAGUAGCUUCCCCAAAGCCUAAACCCCCAACUAAAACCACUCCGAAAGUCAAGAAAGUCGACGAUGACUACUGGGGUUCGAGGAGAGAGUCGUCACGAAAGAGUAGAUACCAGCCCUACUGGUCACCUCCACGUACUAGAUCAAGAAGGGCCAGCGUGAGUUCCUCCACUGUAAGUUCACCCUCUGACUGGCAGCAGCUGGAAGAUGACGAGGAGGAAGAUUCCAAACCUUUGUACCUCAAGUUCCGCUUCAGAAAAGUGGAGCAGAUUCUCAGUGAGCUCACCGAUGCAGAAGUUUCCGACGAUGAUGAUAUUCAAGUCUAUGUGGAUGAUAUGGAUGUGAAGAGAAUGAAACAGGCAUCUAGGAACCUAUCUUCCUCCUUCACAUUUUCACCAGUCAAGAGGACAAGUACAGGUGGAAAUGAAGGAACUGGUGCCUCGAGGAGAGGAAACAAUACGUUUGAUCCCAAUAUCAAUAUUCUCAUGCCGGAGGACAUAAGCAAAGAGGAUCUUGACAAUGUAGCUGACCGCAGUGGGGGCAAGAUUUACAAUGCGCAUGUCGGAACUACAUGUCAUCAGUGCAGGCAGAAAACCGUCGAUACUAAGACCGUAUGUCGUUCUGGAGAGUGUGUUGGUGUACGUGGAAUGUUCUGUGGACCUUGCUUGAAGAAUCGUUAUGGGGAAGAUGUUAGGGAAGCUCUACUAAACCCUAAAUGGAUGUGUCCUCCCUGCAAGGGUCUCUGCAAUUGCUCAAUCUGCCGGAAUCGCAAUGGAAAAGGUGCUACAGGUAUUCUCAUUAACAUAGCAAAAGCCAAAGGGUUUGAUAAUGUGAAAGAUUAUUUGGAAAGUCUAAUGAAGUGAAUCUUGUAACAUGAUAUCCAUAUAGUACUGUAGGGAUUAUUAGUGGAGAUAUUAGAUCCAAUAGCAAAUAAAAGAUCUAUCAACAUUUCCAAAUGUUUACCUUUUACUGAGGCUUUUGGUAUUGCUUCAGCUACCUGAGGCAUUACUCUUUGGAUGAAGUGCAUUUUAUGACCAGUGACUGAUUUUUUCCAAACUUUAUUACCAGUUAAGUACAAAAUAGCUGUUUUAUAUAUAGACAUGAAAUAUGCAUCUAUAUCAAAGCCAAAUGUCAUUGUCUAGGUUAUUUGUUUUUAACCCAUCAGUGCCUGGUAAGGAGUCAAUGAAGAGACCUACCUGACCUCACCUGAUAUCUAUGCUCCUUAAAUUUUUGGGAAAGCUUGUUUUCUAAUGUUUUCAUGUGGUAAUACUAUUAUUGGCAUUGAUAUUAGACCCUGUUAUUAUAAAUACUAAUAGCAAAAAAUGUAAGCAGAAUUAGUAGACAAAGAUCCGUUAUCAAGUGGAUAUUGCAAUUAGUUUUUGCCAUUUGGAGUCGUUGGGUUAAAUGAUAGUCUAGACAAUUUUACAAUCAUAUUAGUGUCUAAUGUGAAUUUAAAGAUAGCAAUACUGUCAUUACUUUUUUUUUUUUUUUUUUUUUUUUUUAAAGCCUGUAAUGCGAGUUGAGUUUUUAUCGAAUUCUUUCUUUUCCAACUUUUCUUCCCUUUCUUCAUCUUCUACUCCUACUCCUUUUCCUUCUUUGGCUCCAUCUCUCCUUUGACUUUCCUUUCUCCUCUCCCCUCAUGCAAUAAUCCAGUUCCGUCUUGCCUUUCUGCUACUACUCCUCUGUCUUUAUUCCUUUUUGUUAUUUUCCCUUCUAAGAUCUUCAGCUUUAGGUAUAAAUGCAUGCUUCAAAAAAAAGGUAAAGGAAAUUCUUUGGUGCCAUAAAAUUAAACAAAAGAUAUUAUAUUUUUCUUUACCUUUUUUACAUUAUUUGAUUUAGUAGUUUUGUUGAAUGCCUUAAAAUGGACUGAAUGUUAUUCCAUCAGAUUGGAAAAUAAGAAUUUUGUUUAUGUAUUUAUUUAUUAUUUUUUUUUUAAUGAACAGAUAAUAUUAAGACAUAGUUUUAAAAAGCCCUGUGUUUGAGGAAAUUUGAACUUAUUGAAAAGGAGUGCCUAUGGUCAGUUUAUUAAUUUUAAUUUGCUGUUAGCCUCAAUAGAGACUUUUUUUCUAGUGUAGAGAUGAAAUAAAGAUACACUUUAGGUUUAGUGAUAGAUAUGAAACUGAAUUACAGGCUUGCUGUAUUUGAUGUUUGAAUUAAUUAGGCCAAUUAAAAAAAAAGUUUGAGUUCCUGUAACAUGAGAAAUUGAUUGGGCCAUUUAUGUAUGUAUAUAUCCAUGCAUUAAAGAAAAAGUUUUAGAAUUGUAAUUAUGCAUUUCUUAGCAGUAACAGUCUAUAUUAUAGUAGUGUUGCAUUCACUUGAAAGUGGAUCAGCAAGAAGUUGCUAGAGCUUCUGUUGCGCACUAAGAAAAGAAACAUUUUAUGUCAAAAUAAAUAUCUUAGACACUGUUUCAGAAUUGCUUGAAAGGGGUCAAAAUCUUGGAUGGGUUACAGGAACCAACAUUUUUUUGAAUGGUCUCAUCACUUUAUAGAGUUUACAGCUGUGAUAACAAUUUGUUAUAAAGUGUGUGAUAUUUGAGUUGGCUAAUAAAUGAUAUUUACAGAAGA